AUGAAAAAUAUUCAAAAACUUAAGUGAGAUUACAAUGCCCCAAAUAAAGAUAUUUGGGCCGACAGCGACGUGGAGAUAAGUGAGGAGAGAAGCGAAUGUAAAGCCCCUCAGACCAUAAACUAUACUAGACAGUUCAAAAACACUUUGAAAAACAACAAAGGAAAACUCAAGCCCAAGGAUCUAUGCGAUUUUGUGUGAAAGAAGACCGUCUAUUACCAGCGAUUCUCUGCUAUGGAUCCUAUGAUUAAAUGAAUCGACAAUGAGCUUGAUAUUGAUUUUGAUUUCAAAGAAUCCAAGAAAGAUAUGACUAAGCUUCCUAAGGGCAGGAGAGUGUUUGAAAAGACUACUUCCACACUCCGCGAAGGAACUAAAAUAUUAUCAGACCUUAGAGAAGUACCUUCAUUCGAACUCCUCAAGGUGAUCCGUUAAAACUAAAAGCUUUGGCUAGGUUAGCCUGCUAAGCUUUCUAAUUUAAGUCUCUUGUAAUAAAUUUC